AUGCAAGCUAGUGUACGAGGUACAUGUAGUGUGCGAGGUAGUGUACGAGGUAGUGUACGAGGUAGUGUGGCAGCUGGGGUCUGUAAGGUAGUGUACGAGGUAGAGUACGAGGAAGUGUGCGAGGUAGUGUACGAAGUAGUGUACGAGGUAGUGUGCGAGGUAGUGUACGAGGUAGUGUGCGAGGUAGUGUGCGAGGUAGUGUACGAGGUAGUGUACGAGGUAGUGUACGAGGUAGUGUGCGAGGUAGUGUACGAGAUAGUGUACGAGGUAGUGUGCGAGGUAGUGUACGAGGUAGUGUGCGAGGUAGUGUACGAGAUAGUGUACGAGGUAGUGUGCGAGGUAGUGUACGAGGUAGUGUGCGAGGUAGUGUACGAGGUAGUGGAGAGGUUGUGUGGCAGGUGGGUGUGCGAGGUAGUGUGCGAGGUAGUGUACGAGGUAGUGUGCGAGGUAGUGUACGAGAUAGUGUACGAGGUAGUGUGCGAGGUAGUGUACGAGGUAGUGUGCGAGGUAGUGUACGAGGUAGUGGAGAGGUUGUGUGGCAGGUGGGGUGGGGUAUGUAAGGUAGUGUGCGAGGUCGUGUACGAGGUAGUGUGCGAGGUAGUGUACGAGGUAGUGUACAAGGUAGUGUGCGAGGUCGUGUACGAGGUAGUGGAGAGUAUGUGA